UUUUUCAAAACAACAACAAAAUCCAACACGCGCGCAGAUUUUCAAAACAGCAACGGGACUUGCAAGCGGCGGAUUUUCUCCCUGGGAAUGUUCAAUUACUACCGAUCCCGUUCGUAAUCCGCAACAAUGAACCACGCGCUCCGUCCCGUCCCAAAGCCGAAAAAGUUCACCCCGCCGGUUCUCACGAACGUCGACCCGUUACCCACCGGACCAGUCGCGAUCGGAUUGUUUACCGGGCUUUCCGUCGAGGUGUGCGAUCCGGCCGCGAUGGCACACCUCUCGCUGGACGGAGGAUUCGGCCAGGGCACGUCGUCGCGUUCGUUUCCCAAGGUGGUUGCGCGAACCGGUCGAAAUGUGGGAAGGGUGAGGAGGAAUCCUUCGGGAGUGGUUCACCGGAGGCAGGUCGAGAGGCGCCGGGAAUGGGCGGGGAAGUUUGGUUCCGUUGAGGGGAGUGGGGAGACGGUGUGGGUUAUGGAGGAAGAUGAGGAAAAGUUGGUUGAGGUGGGGGCGGUUUCGGUGGAGGAGUUGAAGAGGAAUGCGUUGAAGGUUGAGGAAGAUCCGUUUAUGAUCCGGGAGAAUUUGAGCUUGUCGUUGGAGGAAGCAAUGUUCCUGGUGAGGGAGCUUGAUGUUCUAAAAGUGCAAUCCUUUGAUGGGUCUGUGUUUACGGAGAAGAAUCUGGUUGAAAAGUUUGCUGCAAUCAAAAAGGAUUUCAUUCCUUCGUAUGCUGCAUUUAUGUAUUUAAAAUCAAGAAAUUGGAUCAUCCGGAGUGGACUCAAAUUUGGCGGGGACUUUCUUCUCUACCAGAAAGGACCACAAUUCUUUCAUGCUUCCUACAUCGUGCUUAUUCAAACGUAUCAGAGUGGGAAGAUUCUAACAACAUCCGGUCGUAAUCUGGAGAACUACGACUUCCAGUGCUUCAACCGUAUUGCAGAAACCACCGCCAAAGAUCUACUCAUCCUGGAAGUUCACUAUCCGGAAGGACUAGAUCCCGCAGAUCCUCACGAGUGCCUUCGCCGCUUGAAUGAGUUCCGAGUUGGCGAAGUGUUCCCGAAGCACCACAACUACGUGGCCACCCGGACCGGCUAACAGGUACAUAACUCCUAAACAACCCAAAAUUCCGUUAAAAAAAGCUGUGAAAACAAUAUUUAUUGCAAUAAUAAGAACAAUCUUCAUUACUGAG